AAUGACAAACAAUAAUAUAGUAUCUGAUGCAAAACCGUAUGAACAGCUAAUUGAACUGGGAAAAAUAGAUAAUAAUUUACCUUCUCCACUUAUUCCGGUUGAAACAACUGAUGCUCAAAAAUCAAGUAAACAUGCGGCGACCGACCUUUUAUCAGAGUUAAAGCCAACAGAAGAUGUCCGAAAUGGUAAUCUAGGGCAUUUAGGCAAUAAAAGAAUUGUAGAGCACUUUCGAACUGAUUCCAGAUCUUCCGGAGCAAGUCUUGAUAGUAAAAAGGGAAGAGUUCGAAAUAAAGCUGAAGCCCUUUCUAAAAAUCUCUUUCUUUCUGAUUAUGAUAUGGAAAAGGAGCUUAAAACCAAAACAGAGUUGUUACUAACAAAAGUUCGAAUCGACGCUAAAUCUACUGCAAUUUCUCAACCAGACUUACUCUUCAUGAUAAAAAAUGCUGAAUCGGAGGGGUAUUUUUAUGAAUAUUCCAAACUUUAUCAAUUUGUUCAAAUGAAGGAAAUUCGCAAUAAUAUUAAUGAAGCAUUAAUUGAAGCUCAGAGACUUAUGGAAGGUAUAUCAGAGGAAGAGAUGUUCAUUCAAAAUUUAUCAAAUGAAGAGGACGCUGUAGAGAAAAAACUAUCACAAAGCUCUGCAUGUUUUAAUAUAGAAUCUAAAGAUAAUUUAGAAACAUCUGCGAAAGGCAAUCGACUCAUUAAAGUUUUAAAGGAGAAUAAUUGUUUUGAAAUUUUAACGGAUAAGGAAAGAUGGAUGAAAACCGUAUGUAUUAUAGAUGAACUUUUGUAG